GAUACAUAUUUAUUUAUCAAUUUAUUGAUUGGUUGUAUUAUAUGUCAUGUGAGUCUGUAUCCUAGUUUGUUAUGCUUCUGUCGCUGUAUGCAUCUAAAUUUACCCUUGGGAUUAAUAAAGUUUACCAAAUCUAAUCCAAAGAACUAUUCAUUAUAGAAUAAUACAGCAAAAUGUCAAGCGGGGCCUUUCAACAGGCAGCUGGGCACUGAUGUACACGGGAUCUGAAAUGGUCAGUGCCACAAUGCAUAGUACCCGCAGACUUAGAAUGAUGCCCACCUUCACACAAGCACCCCAUAUUUAUUUCAACUAAAUAAAAACGUUGGUGGCUGGAAAACAUUUAACCGAUUGCUUUUACAGCAUCUUGGACAUCAGCUAUUGCCUAGCCUGUGUCUGUACAGUAUUUGAAAAAAAAAUAAAUACAGGAGUAAUAAACGGAAAUGGAAGAGACGUAAACGGUUGUGUAGGCGUUUUCCUCUUAAGUUUGCUCUGUGAACAGUUUUUCGAAGAAAUUCAGUCAUAAAGGGAAGCUAUUGCGGCAACGGUGCGUUUUCAAACGCGCGGCCAACCUUCUUAGCGACUCGGAAGUGCUCGGGGUAGCUACCGGAGUUUCCCGAACGUGACGUCACGACUCCGCAAGUCCCGUGUCGCUGACUGGCGAAGGAAAGGGGAAAAGCAACAAGAAGGAAGAGCAAUGGCGACACUGGAUCGCAAACUGCCCAGUCCGGAUGCGUUUCUGUGCAAACCCUGGUCCACCUUUAUCGACGCAGCUAAAUUACACUGCUCGGACAAUGUAGAUUUAGAAGAGACUGGCAAAGAGCUUGGAAAAUGCAGGGAGGUGAUGAGACUUAAUAGAGAAGAUAUGCACUUAUUUGGCCAUUGUCCAGCACAUGAUGAUUUUUAUCUCGUUUUAUGCAAUUUCUGCAAUCAAGUAGUAAAACCCCAGGUGUUCCAGUCACAUUGUGAAAGAAGACACAGCUCUUUGUGUAAACCUUCCCCCACACCAGCUUCACCGUCUUGUAAUUCUAGAACAUCACUAGCCCAAAUGAAACCCAAAACCUAUAUCAGACAUAGCACAGUCAACAGCAGCUACAAGCCAUUCAGAACACCCAAAGACAAUCUACAUACCUCCAUUAAUAAACAGCAGCCCACGGGGUUGAAUUCGAAACCAGUCAGAGAUAAAUCAUGUGUGCCUAUACCUGUAGUCAGCCUCGAGAAGAUUUCUAACUUGGCAAAGGCUGAAAGUGAUAGUGUUAAAAUGAUUUCUACUGCACUUGUGUCCUCCACCUCUUCAUCUACCACAUCUAAUGCAGCUUUGGCUAAAUCUUCUUCGGCAUCAACAGCAGCAAAGCAAGUGUCCCUAUCACCAGAGAAGAUUGUGAACGGCAAAGGAGUCACAUCCCCCUCAUUAUUAGACAAAAAACAACAGAAUGGAACCAAAAGCUGCAAUAAGUCUUACAGACGACUUUCUGAAAGAGAAUUUGAUCCAAACAAACACUGUGGAGUGUUGGAUCCUGAAACAAAGAAACCAUGCACAAGGUCACUUACAUGCAAGACUCAUUCACUGACUUACCGGCGAGCAGUUCCUGGUCGAAAGAAACAGUUUGACAUACUCUUGGCAGAACACAAAGCACGAACAAAGGAAAAAGAGCCUGUGAAAUGUAAAGAACAUCAAGGAACAAGGGAAUUAAAUCACAAUCAAUCCAUACAUUCUCAAGAACCUAUAACUGGGCUCGCAGUGAACUAUGUCCCAGAGAAUAAAUCAACUUCUCCAGCAAAAUCCAAGCUGUCCAAUGCUAAUCACUGUCGAACUUCACUUACUGGAAGUUUCAGCAUUAUCAAGUGUUCUGCUUCUAGUGGGAUGGUUCAAGACUUGAUCUUGUCAACUGUUGAAGGAGAUGUAGAAAAUCAGUUGUCAAGUGAUGAAGGAGAUUUGGAUAGUACUGAAGAUGCAGACAAAACAGACUGUCAUUUCUCAGGAUGUCAUCCACGGCCCUUGGCAAUAUGCAGUUUUGGUAGUCGCCUCUUGGGACGAGGUUAUUAUGUGUUUGAUAGGCGGUGGGAUCAUUUGCGAUUAGCCCUUAAUUCCAUGAUAGAAAAACAUCUAAAUUCACAAAUGUGGAAGAAGAUACCCCCAGCAGCAGACAGUCCUAUAACAUCACCUGCUUUGCAUAUAACAGCAACCUAUCCUGCUCUUCAAACUUUUAGCAGUCCAAAUGCAGUUUAUCUAUCUUCCUCAGUUGUCAAUUCAAGUAUCACAUCUUCAUAUGUCAUGACAACCCCAAUCCUAUCAUCAUCAUCAUCAUCCUUUGUAAAUACCUCGGGAACCAAUUCUAUACUGUCUUACAGCACAGCUUUUUCCCAAGGAACUGCAUCAUUUAGUAUUGUGAAGCCGACAGCUCAUACUGGAGCUUCCCCAUCAUAUGGUAAGCAAUCUCGAACAAAGACCAGCAAAACAUCAAAGGUCAAAGACACUUCUUGUGAAACAGUUAGCAGCUCUUUAGGAAACAAAAAGAAGAAACCACAAGCUUGUGUUUCAUCACCAUUGUGCACAUCUUCAAUGUUACCAUAUUCCAGGUCACACAAGAAAAAUUGUGUUUUAAAUCCUCGUUCUCUGAUCAACACUUCUCAGACCAAUUCUUCCUUCCAUGGUGUGUCUGUGCAUGAAAGCAAGAAUGGGACAACCUCACUUAGUGCCAAAUCUGAGCCCUCAGGAUGGACAGCAUUGUCUGGCAAUUUAAUUGAUUCUUCAAAACAUAUAAGCACAGUGGUAAACAGUAUUGACUCGACACUUUCUGUAGCUUCCCAGACAUGUCACUCUGGGGAGUAUGCCCUUACUGCACAUAAAGCAUUACCUUCAGGCCCAAUUCCUUUUGACAAAUCAGAUGGGAAAAAGCGAAAAAACUCCAGCCCAAACUACAAGUCUAGUAAAAUAACCAAAAUGCCCGGUAUGAACAAUGUUCAUAGAAAGAACACUGCAAACCAUUUGUCUGUGGUGACUGAAUCUCCAAACAGUUCUCUCCUCAUGCAGCCUAAGGUACAUUACUGAAGUCGAGGAAGUGAAUGUUUCCGAUUCACACUGAAGAUAAGGAACUGCUUGGACUGAGCGCAGGUCAUCACUUUCAUUACUGUAAUGGUGUAAAGCCCUGCAUACUGAAAAAGAGAAAAACAAGCAACAUCAGAUGAUCCUCUCUUGUCUACCUGCUGCCAAUCAUUGUUGCACAAUUUUGUAUGACUGCUCCUGCUGUCUCUCAUUUUAUUUCAUGCAUUUUUCAUAAGGAAAUCAUUUUAUUUUCUGUUAAGAGGGAACAGCCUACAACUGAGUACAACAUUCUGCUGCACCAUUUCAUUUAUGGAUAUUAAUGAAUGAGAGCAGAAUUGGAUAGUGUCAUUUACCGCUAUGAUUGUUUCAUGGCUAAAUUAUUUGAUUUGAAGGAUAUCUUUUUCUCCAAAAGACCUUGUGAUUUCCUCAAGUGUGCUGCAGCUUUCUGCUUUAGUUGAAUGUGUAUACUCUGAAGUUCAGGACCACCGGCAGAUCGUUAUUACCUGAUUUGAUGGAAACUAGCGUGUAAAGUGAUUCUUCAUUUCUACAGUGUUAAAAGUGCACUUAUUUGCAGCUUUCCUUAAAACUUUUCUUAUUAAUUGUGAAAAAGAGACUUGUUUAAUGAAAGACUUUUUAAGGCUAAUGGCCGACUUUACAAUCUGUGACAUAAAUGUUACAAUAAAUAUAAAUACAGGCUUAUCAUCUUAAAUUCCUAAUGUAAAUUUUUAUAUUAUAGAGUAAUUUAUAUUUACUUGAUUGUUGUGCUAACUGACCAGGAUAUUUACAUAUAAACCUGAUUUUUAAAGUUCUAUUUUGAGGUUGGGAGUGGGUUUUUCCCCCUUUUUAUUGUACAGUUCUUCAGGUCUGUAAAUAAUUAUGUACAUAUCUGUUAUUUUUGCACAGUUUUAUUUUUGCUGAUGUGAAAAAUUUUAGAUGUUUGUAAGAUUUUUUUUUAAUUUUAUAUUUAUUUUUUGUUUUGUUGAAGGUGCAGUGAGGUCUGUCCCCAAAAUCAACACAAAAAGCUUAAUUAUAAACUGCAUUUAAAUAAUGAAUGAAAUAUGUGCAUUGUCAAUUCAUUUGUUUUGCAAAAACAGGUUAUCCAGGAUAUACUGCUGUCUGGUGCUGUGUCUGCCAGCAUAGGAUUUAUUAUGUAAGUAGCCUUAUUUAUGGUUAUUUUCAUACAAACUAAUAAUACAUUCAGUCCUAGUAUUCUUUGUGCACGUAAAUGGACACAGCACUUUACUAUUUUUUUUU